AUGGCAGGACCCGCCACCAUGCGACUGAACUCCUUUUUGGCUCUGCUGCGGCCAGCACUGCCCCUCAUCCUAGGUCUGUCUCUGGGGUGCAGCCUGAGCCUCUUGCGGGUUUCCUGGGUCCAGGGAGAAGGAGAUGAUCCCUGUGUAGAGGUUGCAGGAGAUCUGGGAAGGCUUCAGAAUUUGGACUCAAGGGCUCGGCUGGACCAGAGUGAUGAAGACUUCAAACCUCGGAUUAUCCCCUACUACAGGGAUCCCAACAAGCCCUACAAGAAGGUGCUCAGGACUCGGUAUAUCCAGACAGAGCUGGGGUCUCGUGAGCGGUUGCUUGUGGCUGUCCUGACUUCCCGAGCCACGCUGUCCACUCUGGCUGUGGCUGUGAACCGCACAGUGGCCCACCACUUCCCUCGGUUACUCUACUUCACGGGGCAACGAGGAACCCGGCCUCCAGCAGGGAUGCAAGUGAUAGCUCAUGGGGAUGAUCGUCCUGCCUGGCUCAUGUCUGAAACUCUGCGCCAUUUGCACACACACUUUGGGGCCGACUAUGACUGGUUCUUUAUCAUGCAGGAUGACACAUAUGUGCAAGCCCCCCGCCUCGCAGCCCUUGUUGGUCACCUUAGCAUCAACCAGGACCUGUACCUGGGCCGGGCUGAAGAGUUCAUUGGUGCUGGGGAGCAGGCCCGGUAUUGCCACGGUGGCUUUGGCUACCUGCUCUCACGGAGUCUCCUGCUUCGAUUGCGGCCACACCUUGAUGGCUGCCGAGGAGACAUUCUCAGUGCCCGUCCUGAUGAGUGGCUUGGCCGCUGCCUCAUCGACUCUCUGGGAAUUGGCUGUGUCUCCCAGCACCAGGGGCAGCAGUACCGUUCAUUUGAACUGGCCAAAAACAGGGACCCUGAGAAGGAGGAGAGCUCAACUUUCCUGAAUGCCUUCACAGUGCACCCCGUGCCCGAGGGAGCCCUCAUGUACCGGCUGCACCAGCGCUUCAGUGCUCUGGAGUUGGAGCGGGCGUACAACGAAAUAGAACAGCUGCAGGCUCAGAUCCGGAACCUGACCAUGCUGACCCCUGAGGGAGAGGCAGGUCUGAGCUGGCCCAUCGGGCUGCCAGCCCCUUUCACACCACACUCUCGCUUUGAGGUUCUGAGCUGGGAUUACUUCACAGAGCAGCACACCUUUUCCUGUAUAGAUGGAGCUCCCAAGUGUCCACUGCAGGGGGCGAGCCGGGCAGAUGUGGGCGAUGCUGUGGACACAGCCGUGGAACAGCUGAAUCGCCGCUAUCAGCCCCGCCUGCGCUUCCAGAAGCAGCAGCUCCUCAAUGGCUACCGGCGCUUCGACCCGGCCCGUGGCAUGGAGUAUACCCUGGAUUUGCUGCUGGAGGCGGUGACUCAGCGUGGGCACCGGCGGACCCUGGCCCACAGGGUCAGCCUGCUGCGGCCGCUGAGCCGUGUGGAAAUCCUGCCCAUGCCCUAUGUCACCGAGGCCACCCGUGUGCAGCUAGUGCUGCCGCUCCUGGUUUCUGAAGCUGCUGUGGCCCCUGCUUUCCUGGAGGCCUUUGCAGCCAGUGUUCUGGAACCCCGAGAGCACGCUUUGCUUACCUUGCUGCUGGUCUACGGGCCCCAGGAAGGUGGCCGCGGGGCCCCAGACCCGUUCCUUGGGGUGAAAGCUGCAGCGGCCAAGUUAGAACAGCGGUACCCUGGGACGAGGUUGGCCUGGCUUGCCGUGCGAGCCGAAGCUCCUUCCCAAGUGCGACUCAUGGAUGUGGUCUCCAAGAAGCACCCCGUGGAUACCCUCUUUUUCCUCACCACUGUGUGGACAAGGCCGGGGCCUGAGGUCCUCAACCGCUGCCGGAUGAAUGCCAUCUCGGGCUGGCAGGCUUUCUUCCCAGUGCAUUUUCAGGAGUUCAACCCUACCCUUUAUCCACCACGGUCUCCCCCAGGACCACUGGGAGCAGGUCCUGACCCCCCUUCCCCUCCUGGUGGUGACCCUUCUCGGGGCGCCACAGUCGGGGGCAGAUUUGACAGGCAGGCUUCCGCUGAGGGCUGCUUCUACAAUGCGGACUACCUGGCAGCUCGAGCCCGGCUGGCUGGGGAACUGGCGGGCCCGGAAGAGGAGGAAGCCCUGGAGGGGCUGGAGGUGAUGGAUGUUUUCCUCCGGUUCUCAGGGCUCCACCUCUUUCGGGCCGUAGAGCCAGGCCUGGUGCAGGAGUUUUCGGUGCGAGACUGCAGCCCCCGGCUCAGUGAGGAGCUCUACCACCGCUGCCGUCUCAGCAACCUGGAGGGGCUGGGGGGCCGUGCCCAGCUGGCCAUGGCCCUGUUUGAACAGGAGCAAGCCAACAGUACUUAGCACACCUGGGGGGCCUGCACCUCUGUGCAUUUCCCUUUUCCUGCUUGGGUAAGACAGAUGGACAGUGAAGAACUUGGUGGUUAUUUUUCUAAUGAGAAAAUAUUAUUAAAAGUGUCUUCUGUCAGACU